GCCCAGAUGGCGGUGCCUGCCCUCCUGCUCCUCUUGGCACUGCCUGCCCAGCCCAUCCUGGGGCUGCCCCAGCAGCCAUGUGUGCCCUGCUGCCACCUGGCCUGGCCCCCAGCUGCCCCCGGCUCGUCCACCCCUGGGAGUGACAGGGGGAAGUGGGUGCUGCUGCCCCACGUGCGGCCCACCAUCGACCUCUCAGUUCUCAAAGGUGAGAAGGGCGAGACAGGGGUCAGAGGUUGCUCUGGGAGGAGUGGAAAGGAGGGCCCGCCAGGAUCCCGGGGCCUCCGGGGUCACAAGGGCCAGAAGGGGCAGACGGGGCCGCCCGGCACCCUGUGCCAGCAUAGCUCCUUGGCCUUCUCAGUGGGCCGGCGCAGGGGGCUGCACAGCACCGAAGCCUUCCAGGCUGUGCCCUUUGACACGGAGCUGGUGAACCUGCACGACGCCUUUGACCUGGUGUCUGGCCACUUCCUCUGCACUGUGCCUGGUGUGUACUUCCUGAGCCUCACCGUGCACACCUGGAAUCACAAGGAGACUUACCUGCACAUCAUGUGCAACUGGCAGGCUGCUGCCGUGCUGUACGUGCAGCCCGGCAAGUGCAGCGUCAUGCAGACCCAGAGCCUGCUGCUGCCACUGACCUCAGGUGACACCAUCUGGGUGCACAUGUUCCAGCAUGACCAAGCCAAUGCCAUCCACGGUGAGCGUGGGGACCUCUACAUCACCUUCAGCGGCCACCUGGUCAAGCCUGCCACCGAACUUUAGC